AUGGCUGGCAGAACUCCGUCGGUGGCGCCAGCCGUCGUCGCGAUCCUGCUCGUGGCUUCCUUCGCAGCGAAUCUCGCGCCGAGAGCAGCGGCGCAGACGUGCGUCGCGUCGACGAUCGCAGGAUACAGCGUCGCGGUACCACUCGGCGACACCCUCAUUCUCCACUGGAAGACACCCAACUCAACCACCCUCAACCUCCUUCUAGAGUCCACCGCGCCUGGCUGGGCGGCAGUGGGGUGGUCAACGGACGGCAGAAUGUCUGGCAGUGACGCCGUGGUGGGCAACGUGGGUGAUCCGGCCACUGUUCAAGCAUACACGCUCUCUUCCAAGAUACUCGGCGGUCAGAACCCAACCACUUCUUUCAAGCUUGGCAACACGUCUGUGACUGCGAAUGGCGACUCGACUUACAUCAAAUUCUCCCGCACCGAGGGUACAGGGAACGUGCCUGUGCAGCUGUCUGGCGCCUCUGCAAUCAUCUAUGCUUCCUCACCAGACGGCUCCACCUCUUUUUUCUACCAUGGCCCCUUCAGGGGAUCGGCGGUUGUCGAUUUCUCCUGCAAGGUGGAAGGAGGAGAACCAGCACCAGCACCAGCAGCACCUGCCACACCACCUGUAACGCCACCCUCGGGCUCUUCACCUCCCACUGGCAGCACCAGUUCCCCACCACCCCCUUCCUCCACGCCAGUACAGCCAACACCCACUGCUUCCCCCCCACCACCGCCCAAGGCAGGGGGCCUGGCUGUUGGUCGUGCACAUUGGCUGCUACCUGUGGCUCUGAUUGCUGGGCUCCUUCCUUAUUUAGUGGGUGUGCUGCUGACCUCCUGCAAGCUCGCAGGUGAAAAUCCAGACAUCAAAUUCGGCUUCUCAGGCUACUCCAUUGGGUCAGGCGAAGCAGUCCCGAGAAAUGGUAUCGUCGUUCGGCCAAAUGAAGUGUACAGGCUGACUCUAAGAGUCAAACCCUCGUCCGUUGGGGUUCUUAAAGCCAUCCUGGUGUUCAAUUUCAAGAACUUCCUGAUCGGACGGUAUCUGAACAUCCUGGUCGAGGACCAGGUGACCAAAUCAAUGGCUCCCACGGCGCCGUUCGAACCGCAGCAGCGGAAAUCGCGGCAGGAGGAGGAGCCGCCCGCUGAAAUCCUACCAGGCGUUGAGCCCGAGGGGUGGAAACGAGCCGGCGAGCAAUUGGCUAAAAUCCCGUGGUUUGGAAUCCCCGAGUGGGUUCGGGAGACGUAUGAAGGCAUGCAUCACGGUGAAAUGCAGUUACCGGGGUUUGAGGGCCCUGUGACUCUAGACACGUACAAGAAGCGGUUUGAGCUGCUGUUACACGUGGAGGAGCUUCAAAUGGAGGCGGACAUUCGUUACUAUGACAUGAAGGGAGUCCCUGUGCUGCCUUGCGGGAGUCGCCAGGGGGGAGAGUUUUACCAGCUGACGGUGCCUGGGCUGGCUGAGAAACGCCCGUCUGUGCUGUUUGGCGAUCGGGUGUAUCUGACCUUCACGAAUGAGGAGGGAGCACGGAGGCGGAUUGAGUAUCAGGGCUUCGUGCACAGGGUGGAGAGGGAGAGCGCCAUGCUGCGCUUCCACCCUGACUUCCAGCGUCGCUUCAUCCGCGGGCAGCUCUUCAACGUGCGCUUUGAGGUGCCACGUGGACCAGUCAGGGCGUGCCACCUGGCGCUGGGGCUUGCGAACCGGCACCUGGGGCAGCACGUGUUGAUGCCUUCAGAGAUCCCUCAAAGGCUCUUCAGCAUUGAAAUCCCCGCCAUCCGACCCUUUGAUCGCCAGUUGAACGUGGAGCAGCGGGAGGCGGUGGCACAGCUGCUGGUGCGCUCUCGCCUGCAGCUCAGUGCCCGACCCGAGCCAUACCUCCCUCCAUACAUUGUGUUUGGCCCGCCUGGCACGGGCAAGACAAAGACGGUUGUGGAGGCCAUAUUGCAGGUGGUCAAGGGGAUGCCCUCUGCACGGGUGCUCGUGUGUGCACCGUCCAACAGCGCAACAGACAACAUCGCACUCCGCCUCAAAGGCAACUUGCAGGUGCGUGAAAUGCUGCGCCUGAGCCAGAGGGUUCCUUUGUCUGACAUUGGGGUGGUUACCCCGUAUCGGAAGCAGAUGCAGAAGCUGCAGGUGCUGCUGCGAGGGAAGGGGAUGGGGGAGGUGAAGGUGGGGAGUGUGGAGGAAUUUCAGGGGCAGGAGAGGCGGGUUGUGAUUGUAUCGACGGUGCGGUCGAGUCAACAGUUUGUGGAGUUUGAUUAUAAGCACAACCUGGGGUUCCUGGCGAACCCUAAGAGGUUCAAUGUGGCUGUAACGAGGGCGAAGCAGCUGCUGAUUAUUGUGGGAAACCCCAACCUUCUGGCUCAGGAUCGCUGCUGGGGCGCGCUGCUGCAGCUCCUCCUCUACUACCAUUAG